AUGCUAGUUCUCAGGUUGCUCAAUGUUGUCGCUCCAGCCUACUUCUUGUGCAUCUCCCUAGUGACCUUCGUCCUCCAGAUCUUUGUCUUCAUCCCCAGCAUGUUCAGAGACCCUUCCACCACCCCACUUUUCUCGCCUGCUCUGCUGCAUGGGGCCCUCUUCCUCUUCCUCUCAGCUAAUGCCCUGGGCAACUACGUCCUUGUGAUCCAGAGCUCCCCCGAGGACUUGGGCAAGGACUUAAACUUGGGCAGAGGAGCCGAAGUGGCAGACUGGCUGGAUGGAAGCAGGUCCCCUGGCUCAGCCUUGCCCAGCACCCACUUCUGUAGACUGUGUGCCAGAGUCACCCAGAGGCAUGACCACCACUGUUUCUUCACAGGGAACUGCAUCGGGAGCAGGAACAUGCGAAACUUCAUCAUGUUCUGCCUCUACACCUCCCUGGCUUGCCUUGACUCCCUGGUGGCAGGCAUGGCUUACAUUUCUGCUACACUUUCCAUGUCCUUUGUGGACCCACUGGCCUUCCUCACUCUUCUGCCUCACUCCAUCAGCCAGUUCUUCUCAGGUGCUCUCCUUAGCUCUGAGAUGUUUGUCAUCCUCAUGCUCUACCUCUGGCUUGGGAUUGGACUGGCCUGCGCCGGCUUCUGCUGCCACCAGAUGCUGCUGAUCCUGCGAGGGCAGACCCGGUACCAGGUGCGGAAAGGAGUGGUGGUAAGAGCCCGGCCCUGGAGGGAGAACCUGCAAGAAGUCUUUGGCAAGAAGUGGCUGCUAGGACUUCUCAUCCCUGUGCAGAACGUGGAGAGUAGCUACCGUAGGCAGAAAGAGAAAUAA